AUGGCUCGCCUCAUAGUCUUUGACUUCGACGGUACCGUCACCCACCAAGACACUAUCAACGUCCUCGCUCAGUUCGCAAUCUCCGCUCGCAGUCCCAGCCGCUCUCGACAAGAGGCUUCCGAAAAGUGGAAGCAAAUAGUCGACCUCUACGUUGCUGAUUACGCAAAGCACAAAGAGUCAUACGUCCCCAGAGUCGAUGACAGAAAAACCUUGGCGCAGGAGCUGGCGUAUCUGGAGAGCUUAAGAACCGUCGAAGUGACGAGUGCGGAGAGGGUAGUCAACGCAGGGUUCUUUGCCGGAUUGAAGAAGGGACAAUGGGAGGGAUUUGGGAGGGAAGCCAGACGGAAUGGCGAGGGACGGAAUCCAGAUUGGGACGGAGAUGAAGGGAAGGCAGUAAUAAUGAGGAGAGGGUUCUCGGAGUUUGUGCAACAAGCUAAAGAGAGAGGAGAAAAGUUGGGGAUAGUGAGCGUGAACUGGUCCAGGGCGUUCGUUGAAGGGGUGAUUGAGCCAGAAGAUCCGGACCGGAGUGAGUUUGUCAAGAGGGUCAACGAAGUCAAGUGGCCUGGCGGACAGCUGGAAGGACCGGAGGAGAUGGGAGGGAAGGUGAUGAUGACUGCUAGGGAUAAGCUGGAGGGGUUUGAGACGAUACUACUGGAUGAGGCGGAUGGGGAGAGCAAAAAGUGUGGGAGCGUGUACUUCGGCGAUUCGGUGACGGAUUUGGAGUGUCUGUUGAGAGCGGAUACGGGGAUCGUUGUGGUGAAUGAGGGCGAGGAGGAGAAGAGCAAGUUAUUGGGGACUUUGCAGAGGUUGGGAUUCGAGGUGCCGCAUGUGUCGGAGAGUCGGGAGGGUAUGAAGUUGGCGUGGGCGAGAGAUUUUGAGGAGGUUUUGGGAAGCAAGAUUUUAGGUUGA